CAGCGACGUACCAAUGGCGCUCCGCAUCGUCACCUCGCGUCUCGCGCGCGCCACUGCGCAGGCCGCCCCCGGUUUCUACGCCGGCGCGGCCCGUCACAUGUCCCAGGAGACGGACAUCGUGAAGGAUGUCUUCGUCGAGCAACAGAAAAAAUUCCGCGCUCUGCUGGACGCGACCAAGGACCUGGAGAUCCCGACGAGCGGCGACAAGGCGGCCAUCGCCGACUACGCCCAGAAGCGCUACGAUAUCAUGAAGAAGCUCGGCAUUCCCUCCACCGAGGAGCGCAUCGAGAUGAUCCUCAAGUCCGGAAAGGAGCCCGGCAUGACCGCGCGCGACUACCUCGCGUUCGUCUCGGAACAGCGCAAGGCGAUGGGCGUAUCCGACGAGUCUGGACUCACGCGUGCGCUCGAGACGGCGCUCGGGGAGAUCGAGGGCAAGAGCGGCAAGCCCGUGAUGGUGGACGACGCGGCCGGGAUGAAGACGCUGUACUCCAAGGUCGAGGCGCUCGUGAAGGAGAUGGGCCUGGAGCAGGGGGACGCCAAGAAGGAGUCCAUGGUCCUCGAGGCGGAGUACGAGAUCCAAAAGCUGCAGGAGGAGGUUGCCAAGAACAAGGCGUGAGCUCGGCUCCGCCGCGCGCACGAGCCCCUCACCCGGCGUUGUUUUUUCGUUAAUCCCUGUAGCAGUAACACAAGUUGUAGAACCACGAGAGCACAUUUUCUCAUC